AUGAAGCUCGUGGUUGUACAAUUCUCCAUAAUCUUUUUCCUCCUCACAUCGUCAUUGUUCGUACUGUCAACCGCAGAUUCGUCAUGUGGUGGAAAGUGCAACGUGAGAUGCUCAAAAGCAUCACAACAUGACGAGUGCAUCAAAUAUUGCAAUAUAUGUUGCCAGAAGUGUAAUGGUUGUGUGCCCUCUGGAACUUAUGGAAACAAAGACGAAUGCCCUUGCUACAGAGAUAUGAAAAACUCCAAAGGCGGACCCAAGUGUCCAUGA